UGAACGGUACGAAGAGGAUUUUUGUAAAAUUUAGUUCGGCGACUGUGUAUGAGGCAGUGGUGAAUAAGUUUCAAGAGGUGGCCAUACCAGUUAACCAUGCUGUGACGGUGCGGCUGCAUGAUGUGUCCAGCUAUUACACAUGGGUUAAGAUCAGGAAUGUGCCGUUCGAGGCGGAUGCAUCUGACAUCCGGUUCAUUAUGUGUAAAUACGGCACAAUACAUACGAUCACUGCAGGAAGGUGGUCAGCUGGCCCGUAUAUGGGGAUACCUGAGGGUGCAUUCUCUGUCAAGAUGACGCUCAGACAUCCAAUUCCAUCGUACGUGGUGAUGGAAGAUUUCAGGACUCAGGUUUUUGUAACAUACGCUGGGCAGCGAAGCACUUGCCAUUUGUGCGGGUCGUAUGAUCACCUGGCUGCGCAAUGUGAAAGAAGACGUGGUGAUAAGGACCAGCAGCAACGACGAGAUGUGGAGGAAAGGAGAGAGGAUCAAGAUCAACUGUUUUCGACUCUGCCUCAGCAGAGUUUGACAUGGAGUGAGGAGGUUGAGAGGGCCGAAGAAAAGGAGAUGGCAGGGGCUACGCGGGGGGACGACAUCAAUUCCCUGGACGUUGUACAAGUGCUGGAUGAGGUCAUCGCGGAAGCGAAUGGUAGCGACGCGGAAACGACGAUAGUGUCGACGUUUGAGAACAUUUUGGGUAAUGAGAGUCCUUGUCAGGAUGUUGGUACAGACCUGGAUCAUGGGUCUGCAGUUGAGGAGGGCGUGGUGAUGCCAGCCCGGCCUGAAGUGUGUCGUAAGGAUGCCAAGUUGGUGAGAACUGUGGAGGUGGAGGUUCAUCAUGGCACUGAGCUGGAUGACUUGAUGCAGGUCGAGGGUACGACGCGAAAGCGCGCAGCAGUGCUUUCUGAUUCCGACGACGUGCUUACGCCUGCACAACGACCUGGGAAGAAAACAUGGGCGGAAGCCAUGCGGAGAGGUUCAAGUGGCGCCCAGGGGCAGGGGUUGGGUAAGGGUGGCCAGAAAGGGGGGGGGAGGAAAGGGUGCAAUGAAACGAUCAGGUGAUAAGUCGGUAGUGUCAAGAGGGAAACCCCCUUUGUCGGUUUUAAGUGCCUGACAUUGAACAUCAAUGGCUUGAGGUCUCAGAGAAAGUGUGAGUGGUUUAAGGAAUAUUUGGUGCGUCAUGAUGUUGACGUUGUGUUCUUGCAGGAACACAAUUAUAGACCGGGUUAUGAGUUGAAGGUGGAUGGGUAUAAUGUGUAUGUUGAGCAUGCAGUCAGAUUGAAAGGAGGUGUGGCCAUUUUGGUGAAAGAAACUAGCCCGUUGGUUGU